AUGGCGGAAAACAAACCUUCAACACAAAACCGUCAAUUUAAAGAUAAAGAUAAGCCCGUAGAAGUUCGACUUAGUAAUAUCAUUGCUGCGAAAGCUGUGGGCGAUGCUGUAAGAACUUCUCUUGGUCCUAAAGGCAUGGACAAGAUGAUACAAACAGGUAGUGGAGAAGUUGUUAUAACUAAUGAUGGGGCAACUAUUUUGAAACACAUGGCAGUUUUACACCCUGCAGCAAAGAUGGAUGUUGAAGCUGGUGAUGGUACUACGUCUGUUGUUGUGAUCGCUGGAGCUCUUUUGGGCGCGGCCGAGAAAAUGCUCUCUAAAGGAAUACAUCCAACAACUAUUGCUGAAGCCUUUCAACGUGCUGCGACAAAAUCAUCCGAAUUCCUGACAGAAAUGUCAACUCAAAUUGAUUUAUCUGAUCGAAAUACUUUAUUAAGAGCUGCAAGCACAUCAUUAAAUUCAAAGAUUGUCUCUCAAUACUCAAGUCUUCUAGCACCUAUUGCUGUAGAUGCUGUAUUACGUGUUAUUGACAAUAAAACUGCAACAAAUGUCGAUUUAAAAGAUAUCCGCAUAGUUAAAAAAGUCGGUGGAACAAUUGAUGAUACAGAGUUGGUUGAUGGACUUGUUUUGACUCAAAAUGUUGUUAAAACUUCAGGUGGCCCUGCACGUGUGGAAAAGGCAAAAAUUGGUCUUAUUCAGUUCCAAUUGUCACCACCAAAACCAGACAUGGAAAAUCAAAUAGUAGUAAAUGAUUAUAGACUUAUGGACAAGAUUUUAAAAGAAGAACGCCAAUAUCUUCUUAAUAUGUGUAAAAAAAUUAAAAAAACAAACUGCAACGUUUUGUUGAUACAAAAAUCAAUUUUACGUGAUGCAGUGAAUGACUUGUCUUUACAUUUUCUAUCAAAAUUAAAAAUAUUGGUUGUAAAGGAUAUAGAAAGAGAAGAAAUUGAAUUUAUUUGUAAAAGCACCGGGUGUAAACCAAUUGCAGAUAUCGAAUCAUUUUCUGAGGAUAAAUUGGGUUAUGCAGAAUUGGUAGAUGAGGUUCAAGCUUCUGGCGCUAAAGUCGUUAAGAUUACAGGAGUUAAACAUAAUGGAAAAACUGUAUCAAUUUUAAGUCGUGGAGCUAAUUCACUUGUGUUAGAAGAGGCUGAACGUUCUUUACAUGACGCACUUUGUGUUAUUCGUUGCUUAGUUAAGAAAAAAGCUCUUAUUGCUGGUGGAGGUGCUCCUGAAAUCGAAGUUUCUCAACGUUUAUCUGAUCAUGCUAAAUCGCUUAAAGGAAUGGAAGCACAUUGUUUUGAAGCAUUUGCAAAUGCGCUUGAAGUUAUUCCAUUAACUUUAGCUGAAAAUGCAGGUUUGAAUCCUAUUAAUAUAGUCACUGAGUUAAGAAAUAGACAUGCCUUGGGCGAAAAAACGGCUGGCAUUAACGUGAGAAAGGGUUCAAUUACAAAUAUUCUUGAAGAAAAUGUUAUACAGCCAUUACUUGUAUCUACAAGUGCUAUAGAGUUGGCUGCGGAAACUGUUAAAAUGAUAUUAAAGAUUGAUGAUUUGAAAGUAAAUUACAAUGAAAAUAAGAUGAUAACACAACAUAUUCAUUCAUAA